CAAGCUACUCAAUCAGCAGAACUGUAGUAAUGGGAUUUGGCUUCUGACCAUAACUGCGUAUUAUCCUGUGUUGUUUUUGUUGUUUGGGGUUUGCGCUCGGGGGAUUGGCGGGCGAGGCGCUACAAGUUGGCUAUAAAGAAAAGUAAUUGUGCGGAAUGUGGACGGUGCUACUAGUCUUGAUACUGUUUCGUGGUGGCGAUGCUGAUGAAUGUUGACAGUGCUUUAAGCUGAAGCAACAUACUGCGUUAAUUUCUUCUCCUUGAAUGCUGUGUCUAUGUAAAAUAAACUAAACUGUCCAUUGCCAUGCAUCUGUUUGUCUUCAUUUAGCUCUUCCUGAUGACGAUUCAAAAUGUUGGUACCUUAUAUAUUGGAUGAAUUGAGGCUGAAUGGAAUCGAAGCAUUGUCUCUUUUAUCAUCGAUGGAUGCAACACUUGGUUCAAUAGAAAGAAACCUGCAACUUGCUGUUGCUCUGGGAGGGCUUGCUGCCUGGAAUGUGCUUGGCUUUAGCCCACAACAAGUUCUAUAUUUUUCUCUGGGGCUGCUGUUUCUAUGGACACUGGAUUCAGUCUCUUUUGAUGGAGGUGUUGGUAGCUUGGUUCUUGAUACAAUUGGGCACACAUUUAGUCAGAAGUACCACAAUAGGGUUGUUCAAAACUUUUUGUUAUGUCAAUAUGGACCUCAUGUGCAGCAUGAAGCUGGCCAUUUCUUAAUCGCUUACUUAGUGGGCAUUCUUCCCAAAGGAUACACACUAACUAGUUUGGAAGCUUUGAAGAAGGAAGGAUCUCUAAAUGUUCAAGCUGCGACCGCUUUUGUGGAUUUUGAAUUUGUUGAAGAAGUUACAUUUCAUGUUCCUUCACAACUAAAGGCACUUGAUGAUGCCAUGGCUCUGCUGCUUUUAUCCAGAACCAAUUGCUAUGAAUCGGAUCUGACUUUGUAGCAGAGCUCAAAGCUCUUUUGGGUCUUGUCACAAUUCGACUUGAGGGAGUUAUUGUCUAUUGUCUUUGUUGUCACAGGUUAAACCUGUGGCAGGUAGACAGCCUGUAGCUUCUGUUCUAGCUUCAUGACUUGUAGUAGCAGUAUGAGCAGAGUGCUGUAAUACCCCCCACAAGAGGGACAAUACAAAUUUGCUAUUCUCAUCUUGAGUAAAUGAGAGUUGAGAAGAGUAGAAGGAAGAGCCUUGGUGAGAAGGUCUGCAAGUUGGAGGUGAGUAGGAACAUGAGAAGUAGUAAUGGUUCCAUCAAUAAUCUUAUCUCGAAUUAGAUGACAAUCUAAUUCGAUAUGCUUGGUUCACUUAUGAAAAACUGAUUUGCAGCAAUGUGUAUGGCUACUUGAUUAUCACAGAAAAGGUGUGUAGCUUGUGGAUGGGGAACUUGGAGGUCAGCAAGGAGGAAUUUGAGCCAAGUAAUCUCAGCAUAGGUUCUAGCCAUAGACUUGUACUUGGCCUUUGCUGAGGACCUUGAAACUACUCCUUGCUUUUUAGAUUUCCAUGUAGCUAAAAGAAGGCCUUGACCAGGAGAUGCUUUAAGGUACCUUAAAACUUUGUGAGCAACUGACAUGUUGGCUUGGACAUGAAUUGACUAAGUGUGUGGAUAGCAAAACUGAGAUCAGGGCAAGUAAUUGUCAAGUAUAGAAGCCUUCCAACUAAUCUACAAUAGAUAGAGGGAUCCUGUAACUCAAUACCCGAGUCCUUGCUAAGCUUGAGGUUUUGAUCCAUUGGAAUUUUGACUGGUUUGGAUCCCAAAGUACCAGAAUCUACAAGGAUUUUCAAUGCAUAUUUACAUUGAGAAAUAUGAAUUCCCUUUGAAGAUCUUGCCACCUCAAUUCCAAGAAAAAAUCUGAGAGAUCCAGGGUCCUUAAUCUUGAAAUUGUCAUUGAGGAAAACUUUGAGAGCUGUUGAACAUAAGGUUUCAAGUUUUGUGUAAUUAUAUAUCUACACAUGAAUUUUGAUGAUAACAAAUGAAUUCAAAGAAUGAAGAGUCUCAAGCUCAAGUUGUCCACACAA